AUGUCCCAACAGGUCCUGCCUACCUCCCAUUCUCAGGAGGAUAACUCCCUUUCCCCUCCCAAAGGCUUCGUUGACUCCAUCAAGGCCGAUGCCAAAGACAGACUUCAGUCCUUUAAAUCUGGCUUUCGCUUGGGCGAAUUGAGCGGUUCUCUUGGUGAUCUGGGCACACUCCUGCCCAUCAUGCUCUCGCUUUCGCUCACUGGCCAGGUCGAUCUUACUGCCAGUUUGAUAUUUGGUGGUCUCUGGAAUAUCAUCACCGGCCUGACCUUCCGCAUGCCAAUGUGUGUCCAGCCCAUGAAAUCCAUUGCUGCGAUUGCACUGACAAACCACAUGUCGAUCGGAUCCGUCAUGAGUGCCGGUAUGGGAGUCUCGGCCGUCGUCAUGGCUCUCGGCCUCACCCGCACCAUCCACAUCGUCCAAAAGUAUACCCCCAUGGCCGUCAUUCGCGGCAUCCAGCUCGGAACAGCCAUUUCCUUUGGAGGCAAGGCUGCUGAGUUGGUCAAGCAGGCCAAGAGCUUUGGAGGUGACAGCUGGACCUGGGACAACAACUACGAGUGGGCCGUGUUUGCCUUCAUUGUCGUCUUUAUCUUUUACUACCGAUCCAAGCGUAUCCCAACCGCUAUGAUCCUCUUCUCGAUCGGACUCAUCAUCGCCUUCAUCAAGUUAUACACCAACCCCCCUCCUAAUGCCGUCUAUCCCAAGAUCAGUGUCUAUACCAUCGGAGUCACAGUCCCGACCUGGGAUGAGUUCAAGCACGGCUUCGUGUCCGCUUCCCUAGGACAGAUCCCUCUGACCUGUCUCAACUCUGUCAUCGCCCUUGCCGCCCUUGCCAAGGAUCUCUUUCCCGAGCGCCCAGCCGGUACCCCUGCUAUCGCUGUCUCGGUCGGCAUGAUGAACUUGGUGGGAUGCUUCUUUGGAUCAAUUCCCUUCUGCCACGGCUCUGGAGGAUUGGCUGCCCAGUACCGUUUUGGCGCCCGUACCGAGGUGUCGAUCAUUAUCCUCGGUCUCCUCAAGAUCUUUUUCGGCCUCUUCUUCGGAAGCUCCCUGUCGGGCCUGAUUGCGACCUACCCAAGUGCCAUUCUUGGGGUUAUGCUGUUUGUGAGUGGUAUCGAAUUGGGCGCAGUCGCAAGAACUGUCAACGAUGGAGUGGUGGACGAUCAAAAGAGACACGCAAACUUUAUUGUCAUGAUUACCACAGCUGGCAUGCUGGUUGGAUUCAAGAACGACGGUAUUGGAUUCAUUGGUGGUCUUGUUGCUGCCCUGUGCUUCUACAUUGGAUCCAAGUAUAUGGGUAGCAUGGACGAUGAUGUCCAGUUGCUGACUGAGCAACAGCCUGCGAUUGCAUCUGCUCCUGUCACAUCGUCAAUGGGUGGCAAUGCUCCAGUUGAGAGUCACAAGGAACAGGAAGGCGACCGUUUCUCUGUCCACAAGAAUCUUUCCUCCCAGGAACCCGAGCGCCAUUAA